AUGACCCUGGAAGACUUCUGUAGGUUCUAUAGUGAUCUGGACAUCUGCUGCCUGUCUCCCGACUUCCUUGAUGGAAAUACAUCUUGCCACUGGAAGACCUCGCGCUAUGAGGGCCGAUGGGUUGGAACUGCCGGAGGAUACACGAAUAAUACGGACAGUUUCUGGACUAAUAUGCAGUACCAGGUCAAGAUUGAGGAAUUACUCUGUGAAUGUUCUGGGAAACAGGGUGAGAAGAUCAUGCUGUUGUCUCUGAUGCAAAAGCCUGACAAGAGGAACAGACGCCUGGUCUCAGCAUUGGAUUCUAUGCAUUUGAAGGAUGAGGCAAUGUUUGAUGCCAGUUACAAGCUGUUCUGUGAGAGGAACAUCCGCCAGAGGCUGCUUGUCAACAAUGAGGUGCUUAGAAUGGGCCAGCUGAGGCAGGCCUUCAUUGACAUGGUGAAAGCAAACGAAGGUGUUGAUGCUUCAAACUACAGACAGGAUCUGUUGAAGAAGAGGCUGGCUCAAGAUUUCCCUCAGCUAGCGUUUCACAUGCCCACCAAACGCAACGUCUGCGAACUGGUUUUUGCUGAGACUCUGUCAAAGGAUGCACUCGUGGACAUGCUACCAGAUCCAUCCGGUACGGAAACAACACAGUCCAGUGAAUUGAGCCAGACAGACAGCGACAAUGAAACAGGGAGAACAAAGUGCCAAACAACACAUGAGGACACAAGGACACUGUAUACAGCAGCGUUGUUUUUGAAAAGACUGCUUAGUGACACUCCUGGCAUGUCAUGCCCAUGGCCUCCCACUUCUGAAAAUGUAAAUGUCACUGAAUCUCAAACUGUUGUCCCCAUUGGACUAUACAAUCUGCUCAGCUGGAUUAUAGGUUCCACUGAGGAGCCAACACUGGAUCAUUAUGUCAACAUUGAUGAUGACGUACAUUUGAAAGUGUUGUCUGUUUGUCAAGACAUUGUGUACCUUGCUUCCAAGGGCCGCAAGCAGACACCCAAGUCCUUGGCUUUAGGUUUAACUGUUCGACAUUUAACUGGAUCAUCACGCAUUGUAUCACUGCUUAACAGACUGGGACAUUGUGCAUCAUGGGACACAGUUUUGAGUCUAGACACUAGCCUUGCCCAACUGACACUAGUAGAAGGCAGAGACAAAAUACCGAAGGGAUUCUCAAAGCGGACACCCACAACACUUGUGUGGGAUAACAUUGACUUUGGUGAGGAGACACUAUCGGGUCGUGGAACUACUCACCAUACAAAUGGAAUUAUGCUCCAGAGUGUGCCCGGCGAGCCUAUGUCCACAGCAAUCAGACAGCCACUGAGAAAGGGAGUUACCUCAUUCAUAGCCCCCCCCCCCCCAAUGCCUAUACAACCUUACCAUCAGUCCAAAAGGCAAGGGCCACAGAACUUGUGUCAACCAGUGCAGUCAGCGACAUGCAGAAUGGACACCCACUUUGCUGUACAAGCUGAAAUGGCAUAUGCUUUUGUGAAGUCCACAUGUACGGAUAGUUGUACAAUCCCAAGCUGGACAGGGUUCCAUACACUGCUUCAGGAUGAAAACACUCUGCAGAAGUCCGCAUUGUAUUAUCUUCCAGUCAUUGAAGCCUCACCAACAGAGAUGUCAACAGUCAACACUAUCCUGAAGCGAAGUGUCCAGAUUGCUGACCAGCUAGAACUGGAUCAUAUAGUUUUAGUGUUUGACCAGGCUAUAUAUGCCAAAGCACAGCAAAUACGCUGGAAGGAUGUUGAGUUUACAAAGCGUCUAGUGAUUAGACUAGGUGAAUUCCAUACAUGCAUGUCCUACCUGAGUAUUCUAGGCAAAAGGUUCGGAGAUGCAGGACUGCAAGAUAUCCUCAUUGAAUCUGAAGUUGUUGCCCCAGGAUCCAUCAAUGGGGUACUCAAUGGCCAUCACUACAAUCGCAGCAUGAGGGCUCAUAAACUUCUAUAUGAGAGUCUGCAGCGCAUCCGGUUUAUCACCUUCAUGGACUCCUUGCCACCCCAAGAGAGAGCUGCGUGCAUGGAUGUCAUCACUGAGAUGGAAUGUGCCUUUCCAGACAGAUUGAUGGAUGUUUUGAGUGCAGAUCAGAGGUUUGAUAAUAUGUGCUCGAAAUAUGCAGACUUUGUGCAGAGGAGGAGUACAGAGAAUGCAACAUUUGCUUUCUGGAGCUCAUACAUUGACAUGAUGCAGCUACUCCUCCUGUUUGUGAGAGCAACGCGAGAAUCAAACUGGCAGCUUCACCUGUCAACCGUCCGGUUAAUGAUGCCAUGGUUUUUUGCCUACGAUAGAGUAAAUUACGCUCGAUAUUUACCUGCAUACUGGCUGGAAAUGAUGAAUCUGCCUGUCACACAUCCCUCUUGCCACAGUGACAUGAAUGUGAAAGGCCAGUGGACUGUCCAGCGACAAAGUGUUCAUGGAUUUGCCUCCAUUGCUUGCGACCAGGCUAUUGAGCAAACGCUUAACAGAGAUGCCAAGACCAAAGGUGGCUGGACAGGGAUCACACAAAAUCGGUCUGCAGUGUAUCGCUGGAUACUGUCACAGCAUGAAAGAGCCGCGAUAGCAAGACAGUGUGAAUCAAUGGCAGGGAUAUCUCCUGAGCUACGGACAAGAAAAGACCUGGACAAGACACGCAUCUCUGCUGAUGCAAAGGCUGUGAGUAGAAUCUUGGACACUAUUGAUUCCAUGCUCAACCCUUUUGAUGUACACCAACACGGCAUUGUGUGUCUUAGCUCUGGAAGAGUAGCAACAGGAGAAAUCACAAAGGAUUUGCUUGUUGCCUCAGAAAAGGGUGAAAAUGCUGUAAAGGAGUUUAUGGAGCAGAGACUGUUAUCCAAAACAGUUGACAUAUUUGCCCCCAUAAUAUCACAAAAACUCAAGACUCUCAGUGAUCAGAAAAAGCCCCCCAAAAAAUCUGCAGCAGGCAAGGAAGUGAUUUUGCGUGCUGACAAGAAGUUAUUUUCCAGGCUCCUCAUCCUUGGCCAGAGCAGGAAAAUUGAAAUGAGGGAAAUUCUGUCAUAUUCCUUGGGAACUGUGUCAUAUCCAUUAGCAAGUGCUGAUGGUUCACUUGCCAAAACAAACAAAUCAGGUCUCAUGGAUCUAAUGCAGAGCAAAGGUGGAGAGUGCUUGGUUGACAAAGUUCCAAUAGGUGGUGCCAUUCUUUUUGAUGGCAUGGCAGUCAUGCAGGCCAUGCCAUCCAGACCAGCAACAUUUGGAGAGCUUGCAGAGACCAUACUGCAGAGCAUACUCCAACUUGCUUUGCAUCACAAGUGUACACGCAUUGAUUUUGUCACUGACCGGUAUCCACCCAUCAGCAUCAAAAGCCUAGAACGGUCCCGUAGAGCUGAUGCAGGGUCACAACUAAUAACAAUCUUCAGCCCAGAUCAGAGAACUCCAACCCAGUGA